AGGCCCAGCGCAGACCCAGACUGCAGACGGCUGGGCCUUUCCUCCCCGCCCCGCCCUCCCCCGGGGCGCCCACCUCACCUCUCGCUCUACUGCCGUCAACCUGUCGGGCCGGGCCGGGCAGGUCUGGGGGGUGGGCGGGGAGCCCUAAGCGGGCAUCUCCUUUCCUCCUCCUCCACCCCUGACCCGGCGCGCAGGCCUCGCCGAGCUGGGCCGCCGGGUGCCCAAGGCCGGGAAGCCGGGGGUCCCUUGGGGGGGCGACCCCCACGACGAGGGAGGCUCUUGCCGCCGGCUGUCAGAAGCCCUCCCCGGAGCGGCCGGCCGGGGUGCCUCCCGGGGGGAGGGGGAGGGGGGCGGGGGCGAUGCUGCCUGGUGCCCGCUGAGGCCCCACCAUGGCCCGCUCGCUGACCUGGCGCUGCUGCCCCUGGUGCCUGACCGAGGACGAGAAGUCGGCGGCCCGGAUCGACCAGGAAAUCAACAAGAUCCUCCUGCAGCAGGAGAAGCGGGACCGAGGGGAGCUGAAGCUGCUGCUGCUUGGCCCCGGUGAGAGCGGGAAGAGCACGUUCAUCAAGCAGAUGCGUAUCAUCCACGGGGCGGGCUACUCGGAGGAGGAGCGCAAGAGCUUCCGGACCCUGGUCUACCAGAACAUCUUCGUGUCCAUGCGGACCAUGAUUGAGGCUAUGGAACGGCUGCAGAUCCCCUUCAGCUGGCCCGAGAGCAAGCACCGAGCCAACCUGAUCAUGAGCCAGGACCCCUACAAGGUGACCACCUUCGAGAAGCACUACGCCGUGGCCAUGCAGUGGUUGUGGAGGGACUCCGGCAUCCGCGCCUGCUACGAGCGCCGGCGCGAUUUCCACCUACUCGACUCGGCAGUGUACUACCUGUCAAAUCUGGACCGCAUCAUGGAGGAGGGCUACAUCCCUACCGCGCAGGACGUGCUCCGCAGCCGCAUGCCCACCACCGGCAUCAACGAGUACUGCUUCUCCGUGCAGAAAACCAACCUGCGGAUCGUGGACGUCGGGGGCCAGAAGUCAGAACGCAAGAAGUGGAUCCACUGCUUCGAGAAUGUGAUCGCCCUCAUCUACCUGGCCUCGCUGAGUGAAUAUGACCAGUGUCUGGAGGAAAACAACCAAGAGAAUCGAAUGAAGGAGAGCCUGGCCCUGUUUGGCACCAUCCUGGAACUGCCCUGGUUCAAAAGCACUUCUGUUAUCCUCUUCCUCAACAAAACCGACAUCCUGGAGGAGAAGAUCCCCACCUCCCACCUGGCUACCUACUUCCCCAGUUUCCGGGGCCCGAAGCAGGACACGGAGGCAGCCAAGAAGUUCAUCCUGCACAUGUACACUGGCAUGUAUACCAGCUGCGUGGACGGGGCAGACGGGAGCAGGAAGGGCUCGCGCCGCCUCUUCAGCCACUACACGUGUGCUACGGACACACAGAACAUCCGCAAGGUCUUCAAGGACGUGCAGGACUCAGUCCUAGCCCGCUACCUGGACGAGAUCAACCUGCUGUGACCUAGGCCCAACGCUCCGGACUCAGACCCGCGCGUGGCAGGCGGGACCUGCGGGCGGUGGGUGCGGGGUGGGCUGGCGCUCAGCGAACCCAGGUACUCCUUGUCGCUCCAGCCCCAGGCCCAGGUGGCAGAAGGGCCACGAGUGAGCCGGGGUGGAAGGCCGAUCGGCGCCUCGUCCUUUCUCCGCCCCUCAGCAGGACAGCCUCUGUCUUCCUUUCCUCGACUCACUGUAUCUCCUUGGAAAGGGAGCACAAUGGCCUUUUGGGAAGCCGGGGUGCAGGAAAAGGUGAAAAGAGCACGGGAUCCAGGACUUGGGUGGAUGGGGUUCUCUCAGGACCCCCACCUCCAGGAAUGUCCCCCCUUGGGCAGGGGUCUGGGACCCUUUUGGGGGUGAUGCACCAGCCCCGGGACAGGGGAAUGGUCCUUCAUGCCGAGGGACGUGGACUCUGGCGCCCCCUAGCGGAAAGGAGCCGCAUCCCAGCCUGAGGUCUGCGUAGCUCAGGGACUUGCGUUUUCUUACGAGAAAGAGACGCCCGGAAAACGCCGCCGUUUCAGAGCCUCGUGGCUCGAACGAAGUGUGUCCUGACCCAGUUUUCAGAUGAAGGAAACCGAGGUCUACAGGCAUCCCCCGCCCCGCUUCCUUACCAGGCUGGGGGCCGGGCGUGCUGCAUCUUACAACCUUCUGUAUUUAUUCCCUCACUUUCUGCGGGGCCCCUUGAAGGGUGGACAUUAAAGAAAUUACAUUCUGGAGACCUUUGAUUUCUUAG